UCCAAGAGAUAACACAGAGAGAGAGAGAGAGAGAGAGAGAGAGAGAGAGAGAGAAGAAGACGAAGUGAGAGCGGCCACAGUGGGAAAGGAAGCGUCCGCUGCAAGCUACCUUCAUUCCUCUUCGCUCCCCUCGCAAAACUCUAGACGACGCCUCUCCCACCGCCCAUCCAGAUCUCAGCUGUUUCCAUCGCAUCUCUCGGUUGGAUUCUCGAGCCAUUUCUGCUCCAGUCGCCUCCGAUCCAAAAUCUACUUUCGAUCCGUUCAUCUCUCUAUUCUAUUUCGUGUUUAUCGCGUGAACUUCGUCGAUUUCGUGGUGGGAGGGUUUGGAUCUGGGGGUUAUGCAGCUGAAUUGAAGGCCCUAGUGAUGGCGGCGGCGUCGGGCAGUCCUGCGGUGGUGCAGGAGACAGUGCAGUUCCCGGUGGUGGGCGGCGGCGGGGGCGAGGCGCCGCGGCAGUGGUACGUGGACGAGAGGGAUGGAUUUAUCUCGUGGCUGAGGGGGGAAUUCGCGGCGGCAAAUGCUAUUAUCGAUCUGUUGAUCAAUCACCUCAGGGUUGCUGGCGAGCCAGGAGAAUACGACCACGUGGCUGGAUGCAUCCACCAACGGCGAUUUCACUGGACGCCCAUCCUCCACCUGCAACAGUACUUCCCGGUGGCUGAUGUCAACUAUGCGCUGCAGCAGGUGGAGUGGAGGCAGCGGCAGCAGACGCCGCAGAGGCAUUCCUACCGCCGGAAGGAGAAGGACGGUAGAAAGUCUGGAUUUGGACACACUUAUGUGCAUCGAUCCGAUGGGGUUCAAGAGAGCCAUGGAUCGCCUGCUUCUGGUAUGACUGUAUCUGACGUUGCAAACGUCGAAAAUCAGGGCUGUAAUAUGGACACAUACAAGGAUGCGAACCAGAAGAGUGAUGCCCAGAUGUCACAGGCGAAGGAUUCACUUGCUCAAGUUGAGAAUGAUGGAAUCUGCACUGUACCUAGCUCCAAGGCAAAUUGCAGCCUAAAGGAUGGAGACAACUCAGCUGAGACCAAGGAGACCAAGUGUAUGAAUUUGGAACCUGCUUUUGUGAGUGAUAGUCAAGCUUUAGGUUGUAGAGAUGGUGCAGAUUUGACUUCAACAAAAGACGGAAACCGGAAAGUCAUUUCUAUACCAAAAGAAUUUUUGGCCAAAGAAAUAAGUGAUGGCAUGAUGGUUAAUGUUGUUGAAGGACUCAAACUUUAUGAGGAUUUACUAGAUAGCUCAGAGAUUUCCAGACUUGUUUCAUUAGCUAAUGAAAUGAGGGCUGCUGGCCACAGAGGAGAACUUCCAGGGCAAACACUUGUACUGCUGAAAAGACCUAUGAAAGGACAUGGAAGAGAAAUGAUUCAGUAUGGCAUUCCCAUCACUGACGGACCUGCAGAAGAUACAAAUACAAGUCCGACCUCUGGAGAGAGAAAGGUAGGGGCCAUUCCUAGCUUCCUGCAGGAUGUUCUCGAUCGUGUGGUCCAGCUGCAAGUUUUGCCUAUAAAACCUGAUUUUUGUAUUAUCGACUUCUUUAGUGAGGGGGAUCAUUCACAACCUCAUACAUGGCCACCUUGGUAUGGUAGGCCGGUUUGUAACUUAUUACUGACAGAGUGUGAUAUCGUAUAUGGCCGGACAGUAGGAUCAGAUCAUAGGGGAGACUACAAUGGUUCUCUGAAGCUUUCUGUCAAUGCAGGGUGUCUACUGGUGAUGCAAGGGAAAAGUGCGGAUCUAGCCAAACGUGCUAUCCCCUCCCUCCGCAAGCAGCGAAUACUUGUAACUUUUGGAAAAUCUCGACCGAAGAAGACUCUUCCUUCAGAAGCCUCGUUCUUCCCUUCAUCUGCUGUAUAUCCAGCCUCAGGUCCAUCAUCAGCUAGGCCACUAAACUCCUCCCGUCAUCCAUCAGGCCGUAGGAACUAUGGGGUCAUUCCCACUACUGGUGUCCUGCAAGCACCCUCGAUCCAUCCUCAUAGCAUGUCUCCUAAUGGAGUCCAGCCACUAUUUGUGGCAGCAGCGCCUGUGGUGGCUUCUUCGGCUAUGCCUUACCCUGCACCUACCAUGACGCCCCCUGCAACGGCUGGAUGGACGGUGACAGCUCCUCCGAGGCACCCAUCCCCCCGACUCCCGGUUCCUGGCACCGGAGUCUUCCUCCCUCCUGGGUCUGUUCAUUUGCCUCCAUCUCAGCAGCUGCAAAUGGUUCCGGUACCGGCUGAAUCGAGCUAUGCUCCACAACAAACGUUUGCUUUGCCCGAGAGCAACGGCGUGGAGAAACCAAACUGCAACAGCUAUGCUUCUCCAAAGAACGUAAAGGAUUCAACCGUGCCUAGUCUGAAAACCAAGAGCACCGGUAAUGCUGGCGCAAACAAAGAACAGCAAAGCGCUGUUGCUGAGAAGCCCGUGAACAAUCUGACGGAAAUCGUUGCUAAGUAGAUGAACCGAUCGAGUCUGAAGAGGGAGACAAAAAAAGGGAUGUGUACUCUUCAAACAAAUAGCAGGAUAGUCAGGAAACCACGAAAGAGUUUAGGAGCAAAUGUAAAGAGCGGCAGAGGAAUUGCUACAUCACCUCUUCUCCUUUUUGCAUGUCAAGGAUUAGGAGUAAAACCUUCUCAUUUAACUUUUUGUAGCAUCACUUUUUAAGUUCUAUACCUAUUUCAUCUUCAACUGCUGUUAAA